AAAAGCUAGCGCUUAGAAGUCGCUAUGGUGACGGAAAGGUCGGGCGUCUUCUCUGUAACUGGUCCCAGCUCUAGCAGCAGUAGCCGCUGCUUUCCUGGAUCUUGAGGUAAAUCUCCUCACCUCCUGACGUUUUGAAGAAAGGGUUUGGAAGUCGCAGUCGUCCCUGGACCCUGCCUUCCCUCGCCUUGAGGGUGUGUGGUUCGUGGUGCAUCAGUUAUUUUGUCUCCCUGAGGGGCGAGGACUGUGUCGCUCUUGUCAGGACUUUUUGGAAACCAAGGAGGAAUCCCUAAGUUUGAAGACGGUAGAGAGAAGACAACUAGAAGAGAAGACCUGGAUUAGUGAAUAAUCAGUGAAUACAAUCCAAGUGGUAUUUUAAAAAUUUGCUGGAAGUGGAAACAUGAGACUGAAGAUAUCUCUUUUAAAAGAACCAAAGCAUCAAGAAUUAGUAAGCUGUGUGGGCUGGACUACUGCUGAAGAACUAUAUUCAUGUAGUGAUGAUCACCAGAUAGUGAAGUGGAACUUGUUAACCAGUGAAACAAGUCAAAUAGUAAAGCUUCCUGAUGAUAUUUACCCUAUAGAUCUUCACUGGUUUCCAAAAAGUUUAGGUGUAAAGAAACAGACACAAGCAGAAAGUUUUGUUCUCACAAGUUCUGAUGGUAAAUUUCAUUUGAUUUCUAAGUUAGGAAGAGUUGAGAAAAGUGUAGAAGCUCACUGUGGAGCAGUACUUGCAGGAAGAUGGAAUUAUGAAGGUACAGCAUUAGUUACAGUUGGAGAAGAUGGACAAAUUAAAAUUUGGUCAAAGACUGGGAUGCUUAGAUCAACUUUAGCUCAGCAAGGAACACCAGUGUAUUCAGUAGCAUGGGGCCCCGAUUCAGAAAAGGUUCUUUAUACAGCAGGCAAGCAACUGAUCAUUAAACCUCUUCAACCAAAUGCUAAAAUUUUACAGUGGAAAGCUCAUGAUGGCAUUAUUUUAAAAGUUGAUUGGAACUCAGUCAAUGAUCUUAUUUUAUCUGCUGGUGAAGAUUGUAAAUAUAAGGUGUGGGAUAGUUAUGGCCGCCUCCUGUACAGUUCACAACCUCAUGAGCAUCCUAUUACCUCAGUUGCCUGGGCCCCAGAUGGAGAAUUAUUCGCUGUUGGGUCAUUUCAUACUUUACGCUUGUGUGAUAAAACUGGGUGGUCAUAUGCUUUAGAAAAACCCAACACUGGCAGUAUAUUUAAUAUUGCUUGGUCAAUUGAUGGCACUCAGAUUGCUGGAGCCUGUGGAAAUGGGCAUGUUGUUUUUGCACAUGUAGUGGAGCAACGUUGGGAGUGGAAAAAUUUUCAAAUAACUUUAACUAAAAGAAGGACCAUGCAGGUUCGUAAUGUUCUUAAUGAUGCAGUGGACUUGCUGGAAUUCCGUGAUAGAGUCAUUAAAGCAUCUUUGAACUAUGCACACUUAGUUGUUUCAACGUCUCUUCAAUGUUAUGUGUUCUCUACGAAGAACUGGAAUACACCACUUAUAUUUGAUCUUAAAGAAGGAACUGUUAGUUUAAUUCUGCAGGCAGAAAGACAUUUUCUUCUUGUAGAUGGUGGUGGUAUCUAUGUAUAUUCCUAUGAAGGACGCUUCAUUUCUUCUCCAAAAUUUCCUGGAAUGAGAACAGAUAUUCUGAAUGCACAGACUGUCUCUCUGAGUAAUGAUACUAUAGCAAUAAAAGAUAAAGCUGAUGAAAAAAUAAUCUUCCUUUUUGAGGCAUCAGCUGGAAAACCACUAGGUGAUGGGAAGCUACUUUCUCAUAAGAAUGAAAUCUUAGAAAUUGCUCUGGAUCAAAAGGGACUUACCAAUGAUCGAAAAAUUGCUUUCAUUGAUAAGAAUAGAGAUCUCUACAUCACUUCAGUGAAACGAUUUGGGAAGGAAGAACAAAUUAUCAAACUUGGAACAAUGGUACAUACUUUGGCAUGGUGUGAUACAUGCAAUAUCCUUUGUGGACUUCAAGAUACUCGAUUUACAGUGUGGUAUUAUCCCAAUACGGUUUAUGUGGACAGAGACAUUUUGCCUAAAACUUUGUAUGAAAGAGAUGCAAGUGAGUUUAGUAAGAAUCCCCAUAUUGUGAGUUUUGUUGGAAAUCAGGUAACUAUAAGAAGAGCUGAUGGCUCUCUGGUACACAUCAGCAUAUCACCAUAUCCUGCUAUUCUCCAUGAAUAUGUAAGCAGUUCGAAAUGGGAGGAUGCUGUAAGACUUUGUCGCUUUGUUAAGGAGCAAACCAUGUGGGCUUGCCUAGCUGCUAUGGCAGUUGCUAAUCGAGAUAUGACUACUGCAGAAAUAGCCUAUGCAGCAAUUGGUGAAAUUGAUAAAGUUCAAUACAUCAAUUCAAUAAAAGAUCUUCCAUCUAAAGAAUCAAAAAUGGCUCACAUACUAAUGUUUAGUGGAAACAUACAGGAGGCUGAAAUAAUACUUCUUCAAGCUGGCCUUGUUUAUCAAGCAAUUCAGAUCAAUAUUAAUCUCUAUAACUGGGAAAGGGCCCUGGAAUUGGCUGUAAAAUACAAAACACAUGUUGAUACAGUUCUUGCUUACCGUCAAAAGUUUUUAGAGACCUUUGGUAAACAGGAAACUAAUAAACGAUACUUGCAAUAUGCAGAAGGUCUUCAAAUAGAUUGGGAGAAAAUCAAAGCCAAAAUUGAGAUGGAAAUUACUAAGGAACGAGAGCGAUCAUCAAGCAGCCUGUCCAGCAAGAAUAUGGGGCUAAAGCACUAAGUGCUAUGCUAAUUUUUAAAAAUGUUAUCUUUUGAAAUUAAUUUUGACUAGACAAAGAUAAGCAUGUUUUAGUUGCUGAAGAAAAAUGAAUCAACUUUAAAUAAUAAUAAGCUCUUUCUGCAUAUUAGUAAAAGAACAUUCAGAAAGAUUAAGCACAAGAUAAUUGAUGUAAUGCCAUCUUUUAUAUUUUUCUAACUAACCAUUUCUUUAUACUUAUCUAUACCUGUUGAUUACAUUCCAGUUUUUUGUUCGUUACUUUAUCCCUGAAUCUUCAGCAUCAACAAAUAUUAAUAUUGAUAAUAGAACAUUGGACUCUAAAAUGUAUGCUAUCAUUAAUUUCUAUUUGACCUCCAUAUUAUAAAACACCUCCAAAAGUUUAUAAAAAAAAUCAAUAAGAAUGGAUUUUUGAAAAUGUGUAACUGUAGAUACUUGUACAUCGAAGUUCAUAGCAGCAUUAUUUGAAUAGUAAAAGGUGAAAACAACUCAAAUAUCCAUCAACAGAUAAUUGAUAAACCAGUGUGGUAUGCUCGUAAAAUAAAAUAUUAUUCACUAUAAACAUGGAAUUAAAUUCUGUUACAUGCUACAACAUGAAAAAUUAUGCAAAAUUAAAUAAACUGGACACAAAAGAUCAAAUAUUCUAUGAUCCUACUUAGAUGAGAAUAAGCAAGUUCAUAGAGACAGAAAGGGGAAUAGUGAUUAGCAGGGACCAGAGGGAGGGGGUGGAGUUUAUUGUUUUAGUGGAUAUAGAGUUUUUGUUUGAGAUGAACAAAUUCUGAAAACAUGGAUAGUGGUUAUGACCUUACAACCUCAUUAAUAUUAAUGCCUCUGAAUUUUAGUCUUAAAAUGGUAAAUUUUAUCAUGUAAGUUUAACAUAAUUUAAAAAACAUACCUAGAAUGAGCAGGAGAUAUUUUCCUUAUUCCUCUCCUGACUUGAGAAUGUUCUGGCUAUAGGCCCUAGGAAUCUGAAAGAUUUGUGAAACUCUCCUUAGAUGAUAAACCUAUUUGACUAGCCUUAACUCACUCUGUCCCCAAAUUAUUAUAACCUCAAAAGCUUUUUAAUAGUAACACAAAUAUCCCUUAGAAAACCUUCCACAAACUCAUAUUUUGGAAACAAUACAUUAUAGAGUGUAUGUGCAUACACGUGGGAAAGGGAUUACCUCUUUCACCUCCAUUUUAAUUACUCUGUAGGUUUCUUUUAUAAAAAUGUUCUUUACUUUUUAACACAUUUCUGAAAUGUUGGAAUGUGCUAUUCUUGAUCCAGAUGCUGGAUAUAAGUUUGUGAAAUCUGACUAUGCAGUUUAUUUAUAAGUUGUCCUGAAAAGUUUAUAUAUGCUUUCUAUGUUGUUAUAUUUCAAUGAAAAACUUAAAAAGAAAAUAGUUUAAAGGAUAAAUUUUCUGUUAUGUAUAUUUUACCACAAUAAAAAAAGUAAAAAAUACUAAUGACAGGUUUGUGUUCUAACAAAAAUUCUCUGAUAUCCUAUAAUUCAAUUCUGACACUGACUACCUGGGGCUGGCAUCAGAUCCUACAAGUUAAACAUCAAGUUCCUCAACAAGAUUGCCCUUUCUUCAGACACCGGUUGUAAGUAAAGUCCCCAGCCUACCCUGAAGUUUCUAGGUUAUCUGGAUUUGUGUCUGAGUUGACUGCACAUUUGGGGGUUCCCAUAAUGAUAAUUUGCUUCAAAUUUGAUAAUUUGAAUGACUCAUAGAACUUACUGAAAGACGUUACUUAACAGUCUUAUUAAAAGGACACAAACUUGAAGAAAAAGGAGGGGGCUUUUGAAGUUGGAUGGAGGGGAAGAGGAACUUCCAUACCUUCCCUGUUGAAUCAAGGUGCAGCAUAUUUUCCAGCACAUGAAUGUGUUUACCAACCAGGAAGCCCCCUUUCCCAGCCUUCCUGUCCUGAGGGUUUUUUGUUUUUUUUUAUUAGGAUUUCUUCAUUACAUAUGCAUAAUUGAUUAAAACAUUGGCCAUGCAACUAAGCUCAGUAUCCAGGGUCCUUCCUCUGCCUAGAGAUCUAGUAACUGAAAUUCCAACCUUUUGAUUUUUUUUUCCUCUGGCAACCAGCUUCCAUAUGACCAUUAUCUAGAUUCCCUCCUCAAAAGUCAUUUCAUUAGCAUAGCAAAUACUUUUACCACUCAAGGAAUUCCAUGAAUUAUUUUGGAUUAUCUGUGCUAGGAACCCUCUUAUCUCACUCCCUGGAAGAUCAGAAAUACUCUAGUCUUUGACUAUAGGAUGUUUUAUAGCAAAAGGAUCAGAGCCUAACAGAUAACAGCAACAUUUGUAAUUUUCCAACAUACUUAACAGUAUCAGCAUUAUAAUCUUAACAACAAGGCCAGUGGUAAUAGGCUAUUACAUUAUGGUAGGUGUGACCUAAGAAAUAAGUUUUAAAAUACUGGUACAUUACAGGAGUUCCAUCUAGACUCUAACAAUUAGUUCAGUCCAUCAUUUUGAAUGUUCAACAUAUCUCCCAGGAUGAAGUCACUUAGAUUUGUAGGCUUCCAUUUGAUUGUGUCAAAUUCUAAAAGCAAAAAUGGUCUCAGUAACACAUGACUUCAACCAUUUCAGAUAUCUGAUAGAAAUGAGCUAAGGGUUAAUGUCAUCUGUUCCUCUGAGCCUCUUUUGAAGCAGUAAUGUAAUCCUGGAAUUCUCUCAUCAAUUAAUUUACUCAUUCCUUCACCUUUGGCUACUAUUCCUUCCUUACAUGUAUACCCAAACUUUUCCAUCUUUGAAAGGGACAGUACAUUUGACCAUUGUGCCACUCUAGAUUCUAGGUAAUAACAGUGAUCUAGCAAGUACUUCCCCCUCAAUCUAUUCCAUAUAGAGUGGAAUUACAUAAGUACAAAAUUAAUAUGCUAUUUCUACCAAUUAUCAGUGUAACUACAUUCAUGGUUAACUUUUGCCAAACAGUAUGCUAUGGUUUGAAUGUCCCCUCCAAAACUUACAUUGAAAUUUAAUUGUGACUGUGAAAGUAUAGGAGGUGGGGCCUUUAAGAAGUGUUUAGGUCAUGAGGACUCUGCCCUUAUGAAUGAAUAUAUAUUUUUUUUUAUCAAAGGAGUGGCUUAGUUAUAAAGCAAGCUCUCUUAAGUGUCUGUUCUGUUGUUUCUCACCCUCUCACAUGUCUUUCUUGCCCUAUAAUAUCCUCCAUCAUUCAUACACAGUAAGAAGGCCCUCCCCAGAUCCUGGCACCUUCAUGCUUCCCUACUUCCAGGACUAUGAAACAUAAAUUUCUUUUCUUUUUAAAUUGUCCAUCUUCAGCAUUCCAUUACAGCAGCAGAAAAUGGACCAAGAUAUGGGUGAAGGCACAACCCAUCUCCAU